AUGGGAUUCCAUCUGAAGGUUGUUGGUGAUAUUGAUUUCUUGUAUGCCUCAACGGCCUUUUGGGCCUCGAAUUACAUUAGUCGAUGGGUGUUGAUUCUGGCUUCUGGCGUUGAGUCCCGCGGAAUUGCUAAAUUACACCCUGGUGGAGUAAUUGAAUUAACGACAUCACAUACUGGUAUCUGGUCAUUCACUCCUGGAACGUACGUUUACCUACACAUAGCGAAAUGGAGUAAGGGAUGGCGACUAAAACCCUUUUAUAUUACCGAAGCCCCUGAGCAAUUUGAUGCUGGGAAAAUCAAGGCAAUUGCAUCAGUUGAAGGUUUUAUUACCGACUCAGCAUGUAACUAUCUUAGAAGACACCCUCAUGCGUAUGCCCAAGUAAAAGUUGUUUUAGAGGGUCCAUAUGGCAUGCACUGGCCCUUGUAUCAAUACGAUACUAAUGUCAUCAUAUGCGGUGGCCUAGGCGUAUCAGCAGGUUAUGGCUAUGCUAUGAGUUUAAGACAUUCAAGAGCUUCCAAAGUAAUAUUUGUAUGGUUGAUCUCGGAUGAGUGGCCCCUGAACUGGUUUAAUGAGCAACUGGCAUUACUGGCAGAUAGUCCCAACUGUGAGGUUCACAUAUAUGUGAAUGAUUUUUAUGAUGGACUGAGCACCCGCAAUAGUCACGAAAAGACAAUUACAGGAUCUAUUGCUUCCUUGUACCCUACAUUCCAGUCUGUGCCAUUACAGCUAUCAUAUGAAAGACCGAAUUUGCGCUGGGUUGUAUUUCAAAAUACUAUGAAAUCAGAAGCAAAUGUGGCUUUCCUUACAUGUGCACCAGAGUCAGUUUGUAGAGACGUGAGGUCAGCAAUAGGAGACAACAUUGACAAUUACAGAUCCGUCAUAGAUUAUUAUGAAGAAGACUUUGAUUUGCAUUAG